CGUAAUCCUCUCUACCAGUUUCAUGGAAACACCAGCAUCAAAAUCUUCAGCACCAGCUGAAUCCGACAUAGUAAGGAACAUAGUCACUAUACUUACUUCCCAAACUUCCCUGCAAUCUCUGAGGCCAUACAUUCCUCAUCUCGCCCCCUCUGUGAUACCGUUAAUCUUCUCUUCUCCAUCCCUUUCUUCUUGUCCUAACACACUUCUCAGCUUCUUCCAAUGGUGUCGUACUCAUAUUUCCAAUUUCACCCAUGACUGCAAUUCCCUCCCUUCCCUCCUCGCCCUCCUCCCUUGUCUCUUUAGUCACAAUAAGUUCUCAGACGCCAAAUCUCUUCUUCUCUCUUUCAUAGCUACUGACACUCGUCACGUCCUCCACAACCACCUUCUCCAUCCAUCCUCUUGCUUCCCUCGCCCCUCGAAAGCCCUCCUGGACACUGCCAUUGGUUCCUAUGUCCAGUACCGGAAACCCCACUUUGCGUUUCAGAUUUUCAAGAAGAUGAAGCGCCAUCACCUACGCCCAACAGUCCUCACUUGCAACACCCUACUCAAUUCCCUGGUAAGGUACCCAUCUUCUUAUUCGCUUCUUAUGUCGAGACAGGUCUUUGAUGAUGCCAUCAAGCUAAGGGUCAUCCCAAAUACAAACACUUUCAAUAUUAUGAUUUAUGGAUAUUGCUUGAAUUCUAAGUUUAAUGAUGCCAUGGUGUUGCUUAGCCGAAUAACUGAUUUUGAUUGCUUACCUGAUAAUGUUACUUACAAUACCAUCUUAGAUGCCUUCUGUAAGAAAGGUCUUUUGAAUGAGGCUCGGGAUUUGCUUUCUGAUAUGAAAGACAGAGGCCUUUCCCCAAACCGGAAUACAUAUAACACCUUGGUUUGUGCGUAUUGUAAGUUGGGAUGGCUGAAGGAGGCAGCAAAAACAAUUGAAUUGAUGACCCAAAGCAAAUUUUUGCCUGAUAUUUGGACUUACAACAUGUUGAUUAAUGGGUUGUGCAAGGAGGGUAGGAUUGAAGAAGCUCUUAGGCUUCAGGAUGAGAUGGAGAAUCUGAAGUUGUUUCCCGAUGUGGUUACUUAUAACACAUUGAUUAAUGCAUGUUUUGAGUGGAAGAUGAACUUUAUGGCUUACGAGUUGCUUGAGGAAAUGCCUGAGAAGGGUGUGCAGAAAAAUGCUGUUACCCAUAAUAUUAUCAUAAAGGGGUUGUGCAAAGAGGGAAAGGUAGAUGAAGCAAGUGAAUCCAUUAGUAAUAUGGAGGAAAAUGGGUUUUCUCCGGACUGUGUUACAUACAAUACUUUGAUCAAUGGGUACUGUAAAUCAGGGAAAAUUGCAGAAGCAUUCAAGAUGAUGGAUGAGAUGGCUCGGAAAGGUUUGAAGAUGGACACUGUUACUCUCAAUACUGUUCUAUACAAUCUCUGUAAGGAGAGGAAACUAGAUGAGGCUUAUGGGCUACUUCGUAGUGCUGCAAAGAAAGGGUAUUCCAUUGAUGAGGUUAGUUAUGGAACCUUGAUAAUGGGCUACUUCAAGGAUGAGGAUGUUGAUGGGGCUUUGAAGCUUUGGAAUGAGAUGAAAGAGAAAGAGAUACUUCCUAGUGUUGUUACCUACAAUUCUGUUAUUGGAGGGCUUUGCAAGUGUGGAAAGACUGAGGAGGCGUUGUCCAAGUUGAAUGAGCUUAUGCAGAAUGGGUUGGUGCCAGAUGAGACAACUUACAACAGUCUUAUUCAUGGGUACUGUAGGGACGGAGACGUGGAGAAGGCUUUUCAAUUCUACAACAAGAUGGUAGACAAAUUAUUCAAGCCAGAUACUUUUACUUGUAAUAUUCUUCUUCAUGCACUCUGCAAUGGGGGAAUGGUAGAUAGGGCUCAUAAACUCUUCCAAACAUGGGUUUCAAAGGGGAAAGUUGUUGAUGCUGUCACUUACAACAUUCUGAUAACAGGAAUGUGCAAAGAUAGUAAGAUGGAACAGGCAUUGGAGCUUCUCACAGAAAUGGAAGAGAAGAAACUGGGACCGAACCACAUUACAUACAAUGCUAUUUUGUGUGGACUUAUGGAGUCGGGUAGAACUGAAGAUGCCAAGGAGUUCCUAUCUAAUAUGAUUGAAAAUGACAAAUUACCCAAUCAAAUAUCUUUUGCAGCUAGUGGGGAAGUCAUCCCAGGAGUGCAGGGUGAAAAAGGUCAAGAGGUGGUUGCUAAGGAAACUCCACAGGACUGGGAUUCAAGUUCUAUUACUUACUCUAAGCGCAUUGAUGACCUAUGUAGUGAAGGAAAAUACAAAGAAGCAAUGUACUUGUUGGAAGAAUCAAUGACAAAUGAAAUUACAGUAGACAGAUCCACAUAUAUUACAUUAAUGGAAGGGCUCAUUAAGAGGCGGAAAAGCACAUCAAACGUGGCCCGAUAGAAGUGGCCUCAUGUUGUUUCUCGUCUCUUCUUCUGAAAUCAUGCCAUUAUCUUUUUCCAGUCUGUGGCAGGCAGUUGAACCAGAUAAGUUCUGGUACAUAUUCUUUCCUGUUGGAGAAUGGAGCAUUAUUGGA